GUCAGUUUACUAUUGAUAGCGAGUGCAUUGUUUAUUGCAAAAAUAGCUAUUUUAUUUAAAACAACUCACUAAAUCCGAAAUAAACAUGGAUAUAACAAGAUUACCUAACGACAAGAAAUUACAAUUAUGCAGGUGGUACUUCAAAGUUGGUUGCGUGUUCUUACCGUUCGUGUGGGCGGUGAACGCGGUGUGGUUCUUCAAGGAAGCCUUCACGAAGCCGCCGUUUGAUGAGCAGAAGCAAAUCAAGAGGUAUGUGGUAAUGAGCGGCCUGGGCGCCCUGGCGUGGGCGGUGGGGCUGAUCUCGUGGGCGCUCAUCUUCCAGGCGCGGCGGGUGGCGUGGGGCACUACGGGGGAGGCACUGUCUUUCGUGCUACCACUGGGCAGGGCUUAGUUCUAAGUUUACCCUUCUGUUAAGCCGUUCUGUUCAAGUAGUAAAUUUCCCAAUCAAACAGUAAUUGUAUCAGGAGCACAGCUUAAAUUCAUUAUACUUAUCCUCCUAAGGCCCAGCCACACAAAUGAAAAACCCACAAUUUGCCUUAAGUGCAGGGAAUAGAGUUGAUUUUGGUUUUGUUUGAAAAUUGAACGAAAAAUAAAACAAAUGCAUCUCUGAAUAUGAUUUAAAUUUCAUCGAACUGAAUAAGUACUUUAGGUAGGACCUUGGGCCUUAGGAGGAUAUAUGCAUACUUACUAGUUUGGCGCGAUGACCCAAAAUGGUUCUGGCCUCCAACACAAGAGCAUGCAUAUGAUUUAUAAUUUUGAAUGGGCUGAAUUCUUGGGUCCACAUUGCCAACAGUCAAGUUCAUAGAUAUGAAUACAGUUUUCCAUCUUAUUGCUAUGGAGUAAGGUGAAGAAAUGUAUACAUAUUUAUGAGCUCGACUGUACCACUCCCUUCCCGCAGGGCUUGUUUGCUUUCGAACGUAUAGUUCGUUUUUUUUAGCAUUAGAAAUAAGGUAAACAAUCUUGAUGUGUCUUUCAAUUGAAAAACACAUUUUAAAAAUAAGUUACGACAAAUAUGUAACAAUUAUGAAUCUAAUACGAUAAUUUAUAUUCUUCUGCUUUCAUAAGUAAUCGUUACUGAUUUUUAAAAGCGUUUUUCAAUUAAAAGACAUGUCAAGAUCGCUUACCUUCUUUCAAGUUCUUUCUAAUGCUAAAAAAAACGAACUAUAAUUAUAACAUUCCACAAAAAUU